AUGGCGCUCUCGCUGUCUUUCUUCCCCAUUUUUUCAGUACUGCUCCUCGCACUAUCUCACAUUGCAGGAGCAGCUACUGUCAUCUACGACUUCAAUAUCACCUGGGUCAGAGCAAAUCCCGAUGGACAGUCUGAGAGACCAACCAUUGGUAUCAAUGGACAUUGGCCAUUGCCAGUUAUGACGGCAACAAUUAAUGAUACAGUUGUGGUCAAUGUCAACAAUCAAUUAAGAAAUCAAACAACCACUCUCCAUUUCCAUGGUAUGUUCCAAAAUGGUACCACAGAUAUGGACGGCGCUGCUCAAGUCAGCCAAUGUGGGAUUGAACCUGGAUCUCAAUUCACUUACAACUUCACCGUCAAGCAAGCUGGCACAUACUGGUAUCACAGCCACUCCAGCGGCCAGUAUCCUGAUGGACUCAGAGCUCCAUUCAUCGUCAGUGACCCUGACCAUCCCUACAAGGACCAAUUCGAUGAAGAACUGGUUUUAUCUGUCUCAGAUUGGUACCAUCAGGAAAUGCAGGUCCUCUUUCCAAAGUUUAUGUCCAAAGCCAAUCCGACCGGGGGAGAGCCCGUUCCCCAGGCUGCGCUUUUCAACGAUACACAAAAUCUGACUGUCGCCGUCCGACCUGGCAAGACCUAUCUUUUCCAUGUUGCCAACGUUGCAGCUUUUGCAGCACAGUACAUCUGGUUCGAGGGACACAACGUGACCAUCAUUGAGGUAGACGGAGUUUAUACUGAGAAAGCUGAAGCUGAGAUGAUUUAUCUUUCUGCUGGCCAGCGAUGCAGUUUCAUGGUUACUACGAAGAACGAGACAUCUACCAAUUAUGCUUUCGUCGGCAGCAUGGACACAAAACUAUUUGACAAGGUUCCAAAGGGCUUUAACAAUAAUGUGACCGGUUGGCUAGUCUAUGGUAAUGACAAGGCCCUGCCAACUCCAGUACUUGUGAAUAAAUUCAACGACUUGGAUGACUUUGGAUUGGUUCCCUAUGACAAGAAGCCACUCCUACCAGAACCUGAUCAGAUCAUCACUCUUGAUGUUACGAUGGGCGCUUUGGGAGAUGGAAAGCCAUAUGCCUUCUUCCAGAACAUCACUUAUGUUUAUCAGAAGGUCCCAACAAUUUAUACAGUGAUGACGACUGGAGAAGACGCAACAAACCCUAUGGUCUAUGGAGAAUUUUCUAAUUCGUUCGUAUUGGGUCACAACCAGAUCAUUCAGAUCGUUGUCAAUAAUCACGACGCUGGUAAACAUCCGUUCCAUCUUCAUGGCCACAAUUUCCAGACUGUCGCGCGGUCCGGCGAGGAAGCAGGAGAUUUUGAUUCAAGUAACUCGAGCCAAAUCAACUAUCCAGCGAUCCCAAUGCGAAGAGACACGGUUGUUCUGAAUAGGAAUGGCUACUUAGUCUUUCGCUUCGCCGCUGAUAACCCUGGAGUAUGGCUGUUUCAUUGCCAUAUCGAGUGGCAUAUGAGUCAAGGUUUGAUCGCGACCAUGGUCGAAGCUCCUUUGGAGAUCCAAAAGAGUUUGACUAUUCCCCAAAACCACCUCGACGCGUGCAAAGCUGCGAAUGUACCAACUGCAGGUAAUGCCGCUGGCAAUACGGUUAAUGUACUGGACUUGACUGGAGCCAACGCGCCCCCCAAGCCAUUACCCGCAGGGUUUACAGCACGUGGAAUUGUUGCUCUUGUAUUCAGUUGCAUCUCUGCUCUGGCCGGAUUAGCAGUCAUUGCAUGGUACGGCAGUGUCGACAUGGGAGCAGCUAGCAAGGUCGCUGAAGAGCGACGCAUUGCUGAGAUGAACCAACGGGAGAGCCGCGACCCUGUUACUCCUGUUACUCAGGCAACGGCUCUGGUCGAGUUACCCGAGAGGUCGACUCAGACGGCUAGAUGA